CUUCUAAGAACAUGUGUAUUUAUGGUUGUUACUGUGUCUGCGGUACAUAUCUUUGCUCGUUGCUUUUUAUUUAAACACAUUCUUUAAGGUAUCUGAACUAAAGUUAAAGUCUCAUUAGCUGCCUCAUACCUGGGUGUGUGACAUAGUUCUCUACAUUUGACCCAUUCCCUGGGGGAGUGGAAAGCUACAGACACAGUCGCACUCAGGAACCAUGUGGUGGUUCAUCCCUCCAAUCCGACCCCUUUAUGCUGAGUGUCAAGCAGAAAGGCAUUUGGUCCCAUUUUUAGUCUUUGAUAUAAUUCAGCCUGGAUUUGAACUCAUGACCUUCCAAUCUCAAGGAGGACACUCUACCACAAGGCCACUAAGCAGGGAAUACAUAUUGGAACCAUAAAUGUAUGGAAUUAAUUAUGUCUCCUAUGUAGAGACUUAGAGGACACAAUGAGUUGGAUAUAGGUUGACUUAUCUGUUUGGUUCUGCCUGAUGCAUCUUAUAAAAUGAAAUAUGUAACUUUUUGACAUGAAAACUGAUUUAUUUUUGCCUUUAUAAAUCUUCUGAAUGAAUACAUGCAAAUGUAGACCCUUUCUGUAUUAAAGGAAGAAUCUUUUUUCUGGAAACUCGUCAAAAAGUUUUCUUCUUUUGACUUUGCUUAGUAACAUGAACCUGGACAUGUUGAAUGAGAACAGUUUACUUUGAAUGGCGUUUUCCUGUCAUUCUGGUUAAACUUGUUUUCCCUUAAGCUUUAGUUUCAUUUUGUGUGUUUCCCCCCAAGCAGAUCACAUGUUGAGGUGCAUGCAUGGACCUGCAGCUCCGCAGCUGUCAUGCCAUCGGUAUUCCUUCAUUGGAUCAGGGAGUCUAAGAAAAAAAAAAAAGCAUUCAUUCUUCUAAAAUGUUUGGCAGAUGUGAGCCCCGCCCCCUACUCUUUGACAGUGACUGAAGCCACAUCCUCACUCGGUGCUCCACUCUCAAAGCAGCAGCAUGUUCUCAAGGUUCAUCUCCGCGGUGGUGACCAGGUCACUCUUCAUCCUUGUGUCCCUCCUAGCCGUAUGGAGGGUGGUGGGGGUGACUGGGAACAAACUGUACUACCUCCUCACCAUCCUGUACCUACCUCUGGUGGUGGAGAUGGUUCUGACGCUGAAGAAGAGACAUGGGAGUGAUUACAAAUGGUUCUCUCCAGCUGUAUUCUUCUUUCUCGUCAGCAUCAUCCCAUCCAUUUGGAUUUUGGAGCUUCAUUACCACUCCCACUUAUCGGAAAGCCAGAAGUGUCUUCAUCUGGACUCAGCUGACGACUUCAAGAGUUUCAUUGAUAUUGGGGCUAACGCUACCACCAACACCACAAGCACCAGAAAGAUUAUAAAGAGAUACCUGUCCCUGGUGUGCAACAAAGACUGGACCUUAGCCCUCCACCAAAUUAUGAUCAUCUUAUUGAUCCUGGGGAAGUGGCUGCUGCCAGCGGCCGGGGAGCUGAACAGGGACCGGCUGUCACAGCUACUGCUCGUCUUUGUGGGGACAGCCGCCGACAUCCUGGAGUUUGUAGCUGAAACACUGGGAGACAUCCAGGACUCCAGUUUAACCAUGGUGUGCAUCAUCCUCAGUGUGUGGACUUGGAGUAUGCUGCAAUUUCCUCUGCAUUUGUCAGUGAUUGGGGUGUCUGAGGAAGAGAACAAUGAUGAGUCUCGCUCUCGCUUUUCUCACAACUUCUCUGAGAUUUGGAGCACCCUGGAGGCCCUGUUCAUCCAAGACGGACCAUUCCUCGUGGUGCGCCUCAGCGUCAUGUUCCACUUCAAACUUGUCCAUCAGAUGCUCAUCUUCUUUGCUAUAAAGAACUUCCUGGUUGUCAUUCUUAACGUGUAUCGAUUCUACAUUCUGUUUUCCAAAACUACCUGAAACAGCUGUUUCAUGAAGUUGUUUCCAUGACUUCAUCCUCUGUAUGGAUACAGAAUGACCUGGCAGAUGAAAAACUCUUUCAUACAACCA